UCAAGGAAAUGUUGAAGGUGUUUUAUUCCUUUUUGUCGAAUCUUGCGAAGGAAUGAUGACGCAUAUUAAUAAAAAUUGUCCCUCGAGAGGUAAUGUGUGUGGAGUCGGUGACGCCAGCUGACGCCUGCUGACGCCGCAGAGUGCGGCCGUGCGAGAUCCGUAGGAAUCGCGUGGAUCGUGGAUCGUGGAUCGUGGGCAAAAGUAGGGGAACGGAGACUCGCUGCCUCAACGUCUCUUUUCGGGACGCUUCCGGAAACGUCGGGAUUGGAGCAUUGGAGGGGAGGUGCAACAACAAGCUCUGAAAGUGGGAUUUUUAGGUUAUAGAGGCCAGCGUUCGCCAAAUGUAAACAGCGACGGGCCGCGGGCGUGGGCAGUUGGCGCGCAGUCCUGGUAACGAGUCCAUAUGUAUUGGAAUAGGACGGCGACCGGCACCAUACGGGAGGAGAUGCCUCUGAGCUCGAUAAGUCGCGGCGGCGCGAGUGCCUCCUCGGCGACGGCGACGGCGACGGCGACGGCGGAGAGCGUCAAUCCCGGCACGAGCACGUCGACCUGCUGCACCCCGCCGCCGUCCUAUCACAACAUCAAUUUACCCCUUGGCCAUCCCUCCACGUUGACCAACGAGCGUGGCGCGCCACCCUCGUACGAGGAAGCGAUAGAUCCUAACGGUACGUUGUGUCGCGACACCUUACCCGUGCAGAUCGUACGCAUAUCUCUCCCUCGGUUUCUCUUCAUUCCAGCACCACCGCCGUCCUAUGACUCUCUCUUUGGCCGGAUGAGGGAGGCCCGCAAAAUAUCCAAAGGCAUAUUUGACUUUUUAAAGAAUAUCGUUGUCCUGCUCCUGGGCACAAUCGGGUGCACCAUCAUUCUUGGAGUGACGAUAGUGGUACCAGUUUGCAUGAUGGUGAUCGGUGGACUGUACCUUUACGACUGUCCACAGGGUGAAUACAUUCCCGUGUACUUGUUGGUAGGCGGUGGAUUUGGUGUAUUUAAGCAACUGUUAACUUUGUCAGCCAGAGUGCGGCAACGCCAAGAGGAAAGAGACGAAGAGAGAAUCAGGCAAUCGCCUACGCAAACUCUCAUCAAUUGUUUCAUGCUGGGAUGGUUCAUAAUCGGUUCCAUGUGGGUGUACAAGGAGUACGAGCCAAACUAUGACCCAGCACUGGGAAAGUAUUGCAAUAAGACGUUGUAUUUAUUCGCCUUCUGGCUAAUCACGUCGGUCUACAUAUGCAUGGGUAUUAUAACUGCCGGGCUGUGCAGUAUCUCCGUAGCUAGCAUCGCAUUUCAGAGACCACCGUCGGACCUGAUGUGAGAUGGCGUCGUUUAGCCGCUUUGUGUCUCCGAAAUGACGCGCAUCUAACAUCUACUUGGUCAGGACGCCGUGGAUAAUGGCACUCUCUGAUUUGUCUCGCGGGGACACUCGUCGAUGUGACACCGAUCGAUAAAUAUCGAGACAACGACGACGAAACCGAAAGCUCCAACUUGUAUAUAAAUGCCGCACAAAAGGAAGAGCAUUGUGGGAGCGAAGCGACACACAAAGUGGCACAUUGCCCGCCGAAACGAGUGCACAAAUUUCGUCCACGUUUACGUACCUGAGAUGCUUAAACGACUAUUUCGAAGAAAAUCGUUAAACGCACACUAGACGAACGAACGCGGUAGUUAUUCGACAAUUUGUUGCGAGAUUCGCGGCGCCGCGAGAAAUUGAAAUCAAGGGCUGUGUGUACGUCGCGUUAUUCGCAAAGUUUUUUUAAACCUUGUGCCAAGUGGACGCGGAGCCGCAGACCAAAGUGCUAGCACAUCAGCGCUGAUGACGCUUUUGUACGACGGUCUAACAUAAUUCUACGAUAUGGAUGUUAGUCGUCGCAUCGUCCUCUCGAUAACACUACAUUUUUAUCUGUGUUAAGCACUCUGUCAACUUUAUGGACUCGACUCGAUAGCACGCUUAUACUCGUGACUCGUAACUUUAUUCUCAAAAGACUGCGAUCUCUUACGCGACAAUUGUAUCUAUUAUAUUUAUUCGCCCUCUCCUCCGUCCUUUUACGUCUCUAUAGAUCUCUUGUGUCUCUUGACACGAUUCGUUUUCUUGCAAGAAACAAGUCGCGCGAAGCAAUCGAUUAGAAAGACGCCUAAAUGUAUGCGUUUCCCUUUGAAACAUGUCUUUUAGAAAGCUACAAAUGAGCAGUAUUCGCUAGUAUUGCUGGAGCUUGUUAUUUUUUAAAAAAAAUCAACACGCUCCGUAUGUCUCUAAUGUCACGUCACGACGAAUCUGUGAUUCGAUUAACGAUUCUAUUAUCAGAUAUAUUACGAAUAUCGCUGUAAAUAACUUUAUACUACUGUUCCUUCCACUUUCCUAUAACUUUGUCAGCUUUUCCCCGACUGAUGUUUACGUCUUCCUCUCUCAGUCCUUACUCAGUUUGGUAAAUUAUUCUCUCGGCAUAAAACUCGAGUGUUGAGGCGUAAGCUUAGGCGUAGACGUCAAUCUGUAAACUUGGGCGCAGGCACACGUCAGGAGAAUAUAAUUGUGCCUGUGUCACAGCGCCUCAUCAACUUGUGCUUGCGCUCGCAUAAUGAUUAACAAUAACCGAGCUUGCGCUUUCAAUUUCGCAUUUAACACGUUGAACAUAUAUGUAUAUAAUUCCACCGCGUUAUAUACAAACCUGCAUGUAUAUGUAUACAUUAACAGUAACAUUAAUGUCGCAGCAUUUGACACUGCACCAACUGGAGAUAGAGUGUAAAUAAUGUAUGAGACUUGAGUAUAUAUACAGUAUAUUGAGUACAUAUAUAUAUCAGUAUGUGUGUGUGUGUGUGUGUGUGCGUGCGUGUGUGCGUGUAUAUAGCGCUAUCAACCGUGCGCGCAAAGACGGUAUCUUGCAUUUAUUAUAUUAUUACAAUGUAAACACGAGAAUAAUUUCUGACGAUGUAAUAGCAUUCCUACGUUUUGCAUGGCGUACACACAUUCGUUGUUACAAUUUCCUAAAUAAAGCGCUUAAAA